UUCGAUAGACCAAUGGAAAUGUUUGGGCGGGUCCCAGAGACCAUGCAACAAUCCCCCUUGUCAGUACCCCCAACAAACUGCCUACAAAAUCCGUCUGGAGAGCUAUAACAGUGUUGUGGUAUCAAGGAAAAGCCAACAAACCAGAACGUCCGGACACUCUGAAAGCGUUUAUAGACAACUAACCUUGGGCGAUUCACUUUUUUUUUUUUUUGCAUCUGAGACCGAGCUCACAAGGUUUAUUCGUAUACCCUUGACCUGUGACCCGUGACCCUUGACCUUCGCGCCAUGGCCCUGGAGAUGCUGAAGGGCUUUGGGAAGCAGCUGCUAAGGGUGAAGGUGGUGGACUGCAAUGCGGAGGGCUCCCGCCUGGCGCGCUGCCUGGGCACCUUCGACCUGAUCGCCCUGGGCGUGGGCAGCACGCUGGGCGCCGGCGUCUACGUGCUGGCGGGCGCCGUGGCGCGCGAGAACGCGGGCCCCGCCAUCGUGCUCUCCUUCCUCAUCGCCGCGCUGGCGUCCGUCCUGGCGGGCCUCUGCUACGCCGAGUUCGGCGCCCGCGUGCCCAGGACCGGCUCCGCCUACCUGUACAGCUACGUCACCGUGGGCGAGCUCUGGGCCUUCAUCACCGGCUGGAACCUCAUCCUCGCCUACAUCAUCGGAACGUCGAGCGUAGCACGGGCCUGGAGCGCCACCUUUGACAAGCUGAUCGGGAACCACAUCGGGGAGUUCUGCCGGGUCCACAUGGCCAUGAAGGUGCCCGGCAUCCUGGCGGAGUAUCCAGACAUGUUCGCUGUUGUCAUCAUCCUCAUCCUGACGGGCGUGCUCGCCUUCGGUGUGAAAGAGUCCGCCAUGGUUAACAAGGUGUUCACCUGCAUCAACGUGCUGGUGCUGCUGUUCGUGGUCGUCUCUGGCCUGGUGAAGGGCUCUCUCAAGAACUGGAACAUCGUGCCCGAGGAGAUCCUCAACGUCACCAACUCCUCCGCUGCCAACUUCUCACAGCUGCUGCCCUCGAAGGAGAGCCUGGGCGCCGGGGGGUUCGUUCCGUUUGGGUUCAGCGGGGUCCUGUCCGGGGCGGCCACCUGCUUCUACGCCUUCGUGGGCUUCGACUGCAUCGCUACCACGGGAGAGGAGGUGAAGAACCCGCAGAGGGCCAUCCCCAUCGGCAUCGUGGCGUCGCUGCUCAUCUGCUUCGUGGCGUACUUCGGCGUGUCGGCGGCGCUCACGGUCAUGAUGCCGUACUACCUGCUGGACAAGAACAGCCCCCUGCCCGUGGCCUUCAAGUACGUGGGCUGGGAGGGGGCCACCUACGCCGUGGCCGUGGGGUCCCUCUGCGCGCUGUCCACCAGCCUGCUGGGUUCCAUGUUCCCAAUGCCCAGGGUCAUCUGGGCCAUGGCGGAGGACGGCCUGCUCUUCAAAUUUUUGGCCAAAAUCAACACCAAAACCAAAACCCCCAUAAUCGCUACGCUAACCGCAGGCAUUGUGGCAGCGAUCAUGGCUUUCCUGUUUGACCUGAAGGAUCUGGUUGACCUGAUGUCUAUCGGCACACUGCUUGCUUACACCUUGGUGGCCGCCUGUGUACUUGUUCUCAGGUACCAGCCGGAACAGCCCAACUCGGUGUACCAGAUGGCCAACAUGCAGGACGACUGCGAGAUGAACGAGUCCGUGAGCAACACCAGCGUGGGCAUCCUGCCCGACGUGGAGGAACAGUUCACCUUGGGCGUCGUGCUCUACCCCUCCAACCCGGACCCUUCGGCCAUCUCCGGCUUCGUAGUCAACGUGUGCACCAGCCUGCUGGGGUUCCUGAUAUUCCUGUUCUGUGUGGUGGCGGUCCAGGGUGGGAUGGCGGCUUGGUCCUUGACAGUGCUAGUCAUCUUGGCUGUGGGCUGUCUGGCGAUCACCAUGGUCAUUUGGAGGCAGCCUGAGAGCAAAGCCAAGCUGUCAUUCAAGGUCCCCCUCCUGCCCUUCCUCCCCGUGGCCAGCAUGUUCAUUAAUGUGUACCUGAUGAUGCAGCUGGGCAGAGGCACCUGGAUACGUUUCGCCUUCUGGAUGGUCAUAGGGUUCGUCAUCUACUUCGCCUACGGCAUUCGAAACAGCACGGAGGGCGCGGCCGACUCCGACAGCAGCGAGGACAAGCCCCCCCACACGCCCAACGUGGAGGCCACGCUUCCUGAAAAAGAGGCCUUCCUUAGCAACGGCGUGGAGGCCAGAGAAGAGGAAUAGUGCGCCCCUUAAGAAUCUGGGGCGAAGGGACGACACCCCCCCCCCCCCCAGAUGUCUGGCCUUUUAAAUUUCCACUCGUAAGACGGUUUAAAAUAUUGUGCAAAUCAAAAAGGGACCUUGCCCAAGUGAACUUGAAUUGUGGGCCACAACGAACCUUCAACCUACCUGCCAAAGCGGGCUCUUCAGGAACUGGUGGCCACUACCUUGCCUGUACACUCUCGUAACAUCAAAAGUUUUUCCUUAUGUUGAUCAUUUAUUUCAGAAGUUGUGAAAACCAAAGAAAAUGCAUUUUGGUCAGUGGAUGCCACGUACAACGGCAAAAAUCGAACUUUUGUUUGUUUUACGCAAGCAUCCAAUGUAAGCGCUGUCCACCCGUGUUUUGAAGUGCUUCCCAAAUGCUGGGUUUGUAAGUUAGCGCUCUGCGGCUUCGGGUGUUCCGCCUGUCAGAUCGCUGGCUUUCGGCUUUGCGGCCGGUCGUCCUACAGUACCGCAGAUGUGCGUUCGUCAUCUGCACUGACUUUCGCCGGGGACAACAGUUCAAACAGUCCAAGUUGGUCUUGGAUAUCAGGUCAAUAUUGUUAGGGGUGGAAAAUCCACGUUCAGAAAGUCCAAUCACCUGGAUUUUUAAUUGGCACAAUUCUUUAGCCAGGCGGUGGAACUAAUUGCUGAAAUCAGCUGGCUGAGUUCAUGGAUGGAAGAAACGCUACAGCUUCUACGGCUACAAUUUUUUUACCUUCUGACUCCUGAACUUUCCACCUCCGAAUAUUGUUGAUGAAAUCAGUGGGCAGCAAUGCUAAGUGCCGGUACAGCCUCUCAUCUCUGAAGAUGUAUGUUUAAAUGUAAUGGUGAAGUUCUCAUUCAGUGUAAUGUUAACCUUCAGGUGCUUGACAUUCUACAUCCAGAUGAUGGAAGUGCGAGAGGUGACCUUGCGUGCCAGGGGUCAUCAGCUUUAAAGACUUUUCCUGGGGUCUCUUGCCGGUUGAUUUCAUCAUUCAUUUUUAUUUUUUUCUUUAAAUGGUAACAAGUGGUAUAAAGUUCUUCUCAUUUUAAAAAGGGAGUUUAAUAUAAGCGUAGGUCUCGCACAUUACUAUGAAAUUUCUUGUAUUCUAUACUUCUUUUGUUCCUCCAGCAUUACCACAUUUUUACAUUUUACAGCCUGAAUAACACUGACAAAUAUCUGAACACUAGUACACCAGUUAAUCUUUAUUUCAAUUUUUCAUUACUGCGAAAAGGGGGGUCUCAGUUGAGUCACGAUUUAAGUUGAUCGUUUGGCCUCAGCUAUGUGAUCAGCAAACUACGGUCACAAGAGAAUUUCCCUAGUCCCGCCGUGGGUACAGUGGGAUUUGUCGUUCGGGACUCCUUUUUAUCCCAAGUGACUGAACAGUUGUAGCAUUGGGGUUAAAAACUGACCGUAAUACAGAAAUAAAGGCCUCGACAACGUUUUCUCUGGGGUGUUUACGAUCAGGCUGCGAGGCCACGUGCGCCUGUGCUACCUGUACACAGGUAGAGUUCCACGAAGCAGCCGAUAGGGGGCAGUCCUGAUUUUAAAAUGGCCUAAACUGGAAAGCAAGCAGACUCGAAGCGCAAAGGAACGGGGACCGCUUUCCGUACCGUGCGAGGGGUUUGUUUGCCCCUACCCCCUCCCCCUUCCUUAUGAUGCUGCGGAGCGUUUGGUACCUUUCAGCGUACAAGGUGGGAAAUAAGACGUACAAGCUUUUCAUUUUAAAAAGGGAGUUUAAUAUAAGCGUAGGUCUCGCACAUUACUAUGAAAUUUCUUGUAUUCUAUACUUCUUUUGUUCCUCCAGCAUUACCACAUUUUUACAUUUCUCUCUAAAUAUGAUUAUAAAUUUAUAAUCAGUGACGAGGGAAUGCGCAGCAGCUCCAGAUACUGUCUCUCUGUCCUUGCGUAUGCUUUCAGAUGGGAGUUGGCUGCUUUUUAAAAAAAAUUAAAAAAAAUUUUUUUUUGGUCCUUCACUACAUUGAACUGGGGGGACACUGAAGUGGAUUUGACAGUAAAUUCACAACUCCACAAUUUUAAAAUCCUAAAAUUAAGCCUUUUAAUUCAGUUUUGUACAUCUGUGCCAUAUACAAAAAAUCCAAAGUGGCGUGUGAAAUGAAGUUACCAAAAUGGGCAUGCUCGUGUGCUAGUGAGCUUUUCACUAGAUCCGUAGGGAGAAUUGAAUGCAUUUCAUGUGCCAUGAAAUAUUUAGUGUUUUUCAUUGUAUAAAUGUACAAUGCUUUGUACAGUCUUGUUGUAAAUAAUAAUCUGUAUAUUUUUAUGAUAAAUUAUUGAAUUGCAGAUCCUAUUUUAAAGAGCCGUGGUUUGUGCAUAUACUUUGCACAGAAAUCUUGUGCAGUGGGGUCAGGAUCUCAGAUCGAUGGUGUGUAGCUACAGUUGUUGUCUGUCUCUUGAAGGGCGUGUGGCUAAGUGCUGUUACUUUAUUUGGUGUGCAGAAGUAUUUCUUUCGGUAUGAAACGUGAAAUCGUUGCCUUCCUUGUAUGGGACUGAAGCCUGGGGCUAGCAAAGGCUUUGCUCGUUGCACUAAUUCAAGGCUUUGCGCCAACUGCAUUUUCUAAAGAGGUCUGUUCGAAGUAUGCAGUGUCAUUACGUUCACCUGGGUACAGUAAGACAAGUCUGCUUGUCGGGAUCUUUGUGUGUGUAUCCAAUUUUAGCUGUGCCUUGAAUGUACCAAAUGAGCACAAUAUAUUUUUGUGGCAGAAGAAGUUAACAGGUACUUGUCUUUGUCCAUGUGAUUUUUCUGUCCAUUUUUGCCACUCUCCUACUUGCUUUCUGUUCUUGACGGGGUUUGGGGGAAUUGAGUUGAUGUUCACACUGCUUCCAAAAUGCUGUUACUCUGGAGAGGUGUGUUAACAGUACCACUAGAUUGCGUGCAAGUGCAUAACCAAGGGAUGAGUCAAGCUUUCUGCAGCUAAGCCUGCGUUAACAUCUCUACAGGGCCAUUUAACCUGUGUGUGAGUAUUAUUGGGACCUUGGGAGAUCAGAUCUACAUUCACUGUAAACUGCGUUUGCUUUUUACAGUAAAAAUGUGGAUUUAAAUCAUUGUGCCAAGGCCCCUAAAACCACAGGCCCUACAACUUCAGGCGGCUCCUUGGCUCCAAAAAUCCGAUCUGUGUGCGUUACGUUUUACUUUCGUUACAGGAAUGUCUGCUAUGUGCAUUCGGCCCAUCAGUGCGGUGCAAGUUAGUACACGUGUGUACACACCCACUUUUGGAAGGUCACGCAUUUCAUCUGAAAUACAGUAUGUAGUCUUCCCAGUUUGUGCAUAUGUUUGUUCCCCCCCCCCGCCCCACCCCCCAGACCAUGUGAAAUGUAUCAUGUACGUGUGCCUUUGUGUGGACAUUUUCCCUUGAAGUGGUUUUAUUAAUUUAAUUGAAAACAUUUACUGCUGGGUCCUGCAUUUGCUGCUGUUAAUAAAUGCUUGUCAAAAUUUGAAAUAAAUUGUUAAUUUUCCCAUAA